GAGCCGUGCAGCGGGAAGGUUGCGCAGCGUGCGCCCCGUGCAGCCCUCAGCUCCCACCGCACCCCGCAGGCAGGCCGGGCCAUCAUGGCUGAUCAACUGACAGAAGAGCAGAUUGCAGAAUUCAAAGAAGCUUUCUCACUAUUUGACAAGGAUGGUGAUGGUACUAUAACUACAAAGGAGUUGGGGACAGUGAUGAGAUCACUUGGUCAAAACCCCACAGAAGCAGAGCUACAGGAUAUGAUCAAUGAAGUAGAUGCUGACGGCAAUGGCACAAUUGACUUUCCAGAAUUUCUGACAAUGAUGGCAAGAAAAAUGAAAGAUACAGAUAGUGAAGAAGAAAUUAGAGAAGCGUUCCGUGUCUUUGACAAGGAUGGUAAUGGUUACAUUAGUGCUGCAGAGCUCCGUCAUGUGAUGACAAAUCUGGGUGAGAAGCUAACAGAUGAAGAAGUUGAUGAAAUGAUUAGGGAAGCAGACAUUGAUGGUGAUGGUCAAGUAAACUAUGAAGAGUUUGUACAAAUGAUGACAGCGAAGUGAAGACGUUGUACAGAAUGUGUUAAAUUUCUUGUACAAAAUUGUUUAUUUGCCUUUUCUCUGUUUGUAACUUAUCUGUAAAAGGUUUUUCCCUUACUGUCAAAAGAUUAUGCAUGUAUAGUAAUUAGAAGGCCAUUCCUCCAUGUUUUUCUCCUUUAUCUUACUGUCAUUGUUCUGAUUUUUGGAAAAUUGAUCUAAGUAACAAAUGUUGCAUGUGGCUUACUCUGGAUAUUUAAGCCCUUCUGCACAUCUAAAGUUAGAUGAAGUUGGUUAACUGAGGGAACAUCUGGAUUGUCUAUUAAAAAAGUAGCUUUCUCUAGGAAACUUAGGUAUGACUGGUGUGACAAGUUACAUAAAGUAAGCUAGGGUUUACCAUGCAUUAGCGGAUCCUUAGUUAAAGCAACAUGCUGGCUCUCAUUCUCGAGUACAUAGGAGUUUUUCCCCCUUUCUGUGAUGGGAGGAUAAGGACUCUUGCAGCUUAACUGCAGGAUAAAAUGACAUGAAUAGCAUAUAUCAUGUGGCUAAUGUAAAUUCAUUCUCCUAGCUUACUUCACAGUAACUUGAUUGUGGCCAUACCUGUAACAUGUUGUUGAAAUGUGGAGUCUUAACGUUGUAGACGAUUGACAGUCAACAAUAUGAAACUUAAGUUGCACUAAUGCAAAACGGGUGAUUUAUCCAGGUACUCGUACACAAGUUUUUUUUGUACUGCUGGUCCUGUGCCAGAAAACAUUUUCUCCUCUUGUUACUAUGCUUUUUAAACUUUGUUUAGCCACUUAUUUUCAAAAAAAUCUGCUUAUGGCACGAUUUGCCUCAAAUCCAUUCCAAGUUGUAUAUUUGUUUUCCAAUAAAAAAUUACAAUUUACCCAUA